AUGCAAGGUAGCAAAGAUAGCAAUGAUAACUCGGGCCAGCGGCAGCCAGAUACCCCGACCACACCGUCGAAGCGCGGACGCCCCCGGUCCAACGCGAUCUCUGAGGGCAGCUUUACACAACCCCGGAAAAGGAAGUCAGCAGCCGAUACCGAUUCCUCAACAGAGUCCCUAGCCCCCUCUCCCAUCCGCCGCCGCCGUAACCACCGCCGCAAAGUGUCCAUUGGAGCAGCAACCCCCGACGUCCCCCCAGACGCCGUCGACCAUUCUCCUGGCAAUCCCUCAGGCCUGCCCUCGAUCCACAGCAGCAGCAGCAGCAGCAGCAGCAUGCCACCACCGCCACGUCCAAUCCCCCAAGGCGUCCGAUACCUAAACUCCUCCAACCUGCCCCUUGGCGUUCCCCUGGCCCUGCUCCCGGAACUCAGGGGCAGCAGCAGCAGCAUGCCACCACGGCCACGUCCAAUCCCCCAAGGCUUCCUAGAGCCAAACUCCUCCAACCCGCCCCUUGGUAUUCCCCCGGCCCUGCCCCCGAUCCACAGCAGCAGCAGCAGCAGCAGCAGCAUGCCACCACCGCCACGUCCAACCCCCCAAGGCGUCUUAGACCUAAACUCCUCCAACCCUCCCCUUGGCAUUCCCCCAGCCCUGCUCCCGGAACGCAGGGGCAGCAGCAGCAUCAUACUACCACCGCUACACCUAAUCCUCCAAGACGUCCUAGACACAGCCGCCUUCGCACUGCGCUUUGGCAUUCCGCCUGCCCAAGCCCCGCAACGCAGGGCCAGCAACAGUGGCAUCCCCUUGGGACCCCAGAACGAUGCUGUGGUGUGGAGCGGCUGGGAGCAUGAGAAGUCGAAGGGAAAUGAGAAGGAAAGGGAAGGGGAGAAGGUGAGGGAGAAAGGCGAGGAUACAGAUACUUGCAAGGGCAAGGAGAGAAAAAGGGAGCAUGAAAAAGAUGACGGGCAGGAGAAGGGGAAAGGGUAG